GGUAGACUGCUCCGGGCUCCGAGCAGAGACAAGUCGCCCCACAUGCGUAAUGCAGCUGUCUUUGGAGCUAAAACUGGUGUUGAAUCGUGGUGUUUAGUCUGGGGGAUGGAUUGUGCCACGCCAUGCGACUGCAAUGAUUUGACUUCAGGAAUGAGGCCCGGUCGGUUUGGCCUUGCAGCAACGCUACAUGCCAGGGGCGUCAGCUGGAUAGGACGAAGUGUGAGCAGCUGUGUGUAAACCAAGUUGAAUUCCUCACCGACUACGGCGAGAGAAACAAACAGAAGAAAAACUUAAAAACCAAUUUAAAAAAGAAAAAAGAAGACCAUGAAGUUGUCUUUACUUCGCAAUGCUUGUGGCAGUCUUCGGGUACAUCCAGGAAGCAGGGUUGGCGGCUCGUCACAGAGAUGCCUACCGGGUGCUCCUGCCAACCGCCUUUUGAUGAUCCGGGCGGCGAGCAGCUCCAGCAGCGGCGGUACCAACCCCAAGCUAGCGGUCCACUUUGGGAAACGGUCCCGGAAGGAGGAUGGUUCUGAGUGCGACAGUUCUUUGAGUGAAGUGGUUCAGAGCACCAAGGAGGCAAUGGUGGCUCUGCAGAGAAGAAAUCCGUCAGUCCAACCUUCGUUAGCCAUUAUACAGGCAGGUGAAGAGGACAGCUUGUUGGAGAUCAAUAAGAAAAUGGCAGGAAAGAUUGGGUUGAACAUCACUCAAAUUUGCCUGGCAAAAGAGUGCAGUGAAGAUGAAAUUGUAGAGGAGGUGUUGAAGCUGAAUGAAGACCCCAGGGUGCAUGGUGUCUACCUCCACCUUCCCCUGGCUUCACUCACCAGUCGAGUGCUCGACACUCUCAAACCUGAGAAGGACAUAGACGGGAUAUCAGAUUUGAAUAUGGGACGUUUGGUACGAGGAGACUUGAGCAAAGGCUUUGUGUCACCUAUAGCCAGCGCUGUCCUGAAUCUGCUAGAGAAACACGAUGCUCCUUUGGAAGGAAAAACAGUGUUGUUGGUUGGAGGGGAAGGAACCCUUGGGUUGGCCCUGCAGUGCCUGAUAGAGAGAAGUGGAAUGGUAGCUCUCAAGAGUAACUGGAGCUCCGACAGCCUACAGAGACAGGUGAUGGAGGCUGAUGCUGUGGUCCUGUUAGGAGCAGGGAAUAUCGACGUCCCUUCCACCUGGUUUAGACCAGGGACUGCUGUCAUUCGCUGUGAGCCCAUUCUGGAGACAGAUGCCUAUGGCAUUGAGACGUCCUCAAAGUCUGGGUUAGGGUACCUCACAGCAGCUUACAGAACACAGAAUGUGGUGCAUAGUUGCAGUCGAUGGAUCCAGGAGCAGCAGUACCGACCCUGGCGUCUGCGCAGCCUCAGACUGCAGCCCCUGACGCCUGUACCAAGUGAUAUAGAGAUUUCCAGAGCUCAGGUACCCAAGCCAGUGGACCAGCUGGCUGCUGAGAUUGGUUUGCUGCCAGAAGAGCUCGAAGCCUAUGGCAGGAGCAAAGCCAAGGUCCGACUUUCCCUGUUAGACCGCCUUCAAUCACAGCCUGAUGGGAAAUAUGUACUGGUUGCUGGUAUAACCCCCACCCCACUGGGUGAAGGUAAAAGCACAGUGACCAUUGGUCUAGUCCAGGCCCUGUCUGCCCAUCUUAAACUCAACUCCUUCGCCUGUCUCCGACAGCCCUCCCAGGGACCCACCUUUGGGGUUAAAGGGGGAGCUGCAGGAGGGGGAUAUGCUCAGGUCAUUCCUAUGGAGGAGUUUAACCUCCAUCUGACUGGUGACAUUCAUGCCAUCACAGCUGCCAAUAACCUGGUGGCAGCAGCCAUCGAUGCCAGGAUGCUCCAUGAGGCGACACAAUCAGACAAGGCUCUGUUUAAUAGACUGGUCCCAUCAGUGAAUGGAGAGAGAAGAUUUUCACCCAUUCAGAUCUCCAGGCUACAUCGUCUUGGCAUCAAUAAAACAGACCCAGCAUCUCUCACACCACAGGAAGUCAGCACUUUCGUCCGUCUUGACCUUGACCCUUCCAAGAUCACCUGGCAGAGAGUUGUUGAUACAAACGACCGUUUCUUGAGGAAGAUCACAGUUGGACAGGCAAGCACUGAAAAAGGACAGAUCAGAGAGACCGGGUUCGACAUUGCAGUGGCCAGCGAGAUCAUGGCCAUCCUGGCUCUGGCAGACAGCCUGGAGGACAUGAGAAACAGACUGGCGCGCAUGGUGGUGGGGACUAGCCGCUCUGGACAGCCUGUCACCACAGAGGACCUGGGUGUGAGCGGAGCACUGGCAGUGUUAAUGAAAGAUGCCAUCAAGCCCACGUUGAUGCAGACCCUUGAGGGUACGCCAGUGUUUGUCCAUGCUGGGCCCUUUGCCAACAUCGCCCAUGGCAACUCCUCGGUGCUGGCAGACAAGCUGGCUUUGAAGUUGGUUGGACAGGACGGCUUUGUGGUGACUGAAGCUGGUUUUGGAGCGGACAUCGGGAUGGAGAAAUUCUUCAACAUCAAAUGUCGGGCAUCAGGUUUGAGGCCCAAUGUGGUGGUGCUAGUUUCAACUGUCCGAGCGCUAAAGAUGCAUGGAGGAGGUCCAAGUGUGUCUGCAGGCGCACCUCUCCCUAAAGAGUACAUUGAUGAGAAUCUGAGCCUGGUUGCAGAUGGUUGCCGUAGCAAUCUCAGGAAGCAGAUCCAAAUCGCACAUCUGUUUGGGGUACCAGUCGUGGUGGCGCUCAAUGUCUUCAAGACAGACACCCAGGCAGAGAUUGACCUGGUGUGUCAGAUUGCAAAAGAGUGCGGAGCAUCGGACGCUGUGCCGUGUCACCACUGGGCGCAGGGUGGGCGCGGGUCUAUAGAGCUGGCCCAGGCUGUGAAUGAAGCUACCAGCAGACCCAGCAACUUCCAGUUCCUGUACAACCCAGAGAUGCCGACAGCAGAGAAGAUCAGAACAAUUGCCCAGAAAGUGUAUGGAGCUGAUGACAUCGAGCUGUCUGCAGCGGCCAAAGCCAAGAUAGAUUACUACAAUCAGCAGGGCUACGGUUCAUUACCCAUCUGCAUGGCCAAGACCCACCUGUCCCUGUCCCACAUGCCUGACAAGAAGGGUGCACCCACCGGGUUUGUUUUGCCAAUCAGAGAUGUUCGUGCUAGCGUCGGGGGUGGCUUCAUCUACCCGCUCGUGGGAACGAUGAGCACCAUGCCCGGCCUGCCUACCCGACCCUGUUUCUAUGACAUUGACCUUGACCCGGUCACAGAGGAGAUCACUGGGCUCUUCUGAGCAUGCUCGAAUGAAAGAUAUCCAUAUAGGAUCUCUGCUCUGUCUUCAAGAUCUUCAGCUCCAUGUGAUGCGUCCAUCCACUGCAGGCCUGACCGGACAAACGUUCUCACCCUCUUCCCAGCGGUCCACACUCUUCCCCGCUUCACAGUAACAUGUUCUGGGAAGGAGGAAAAAGGAGAGGAAAAAAAAAAAAAGAAUAGAAAUUACCAAUUUUUGCUGUAUUUGCACAUUUGUGUGAUAUGCCAAAGAUGACCUCCUACAGCUUUAUCCUGUAUAUCAUAUCUUCUGUGUAUGGAAGAGUUAGUUUAAGUCUUCAAACCAUACUACAUUUUACUUUAAUGUUUUUUAUGUUGUCUUUUUUUGUGUGAAAAAGGCUACUCAAACGUCUUAUAACAGUGCUGCAAUUUUUAUUUGCAACCUAAGCUUUUUAACUGAAAUGGGCACAGUUUGUGUAUUUAUUAACAAAAUUGCUGAUGUAUGCACAAAAAGCCAUUAAUGUAUUGUUGUCUUUCUUUUUUCCAUCAAAUUACGCCUAGUCUAGUGUCCUAACCUUCCGCCAAAUGUCCAAGCUGCUGUCCUGCCAAAGUGAAAAUCACUACAUGUCACACAUUAUACUCAUCAUUUUGAAGCCAUUUUUGAGAUUUGAGGGUUACCCCAGGUAAUUGUUCAGCAGUGGUGGUAAACAACUCACAUCAUUACACGUAUUACCUCAUGACGUACUAGAUAACAGCCUAAACAAUAGCCUCAAUGAUCAAAUAUGUCAUUUGCUAUGUAAAAUAUCACCUUUUCUGUUUUUCUCUGAAAGUUGAUGGUUUAUUUCAUGCAAGUGUACUAAUUUUUUAUGAUGUUAGUAGGGGUUGCCUUUUAUUUCAAGCGAGUUUGCCCACAUUUCACUGUAGAAAACUCUGGGGACACACUGACUUUACAUUUUACAUUUUAAUACAACAGAAUUUUGCCUUUUCCACCUCCCUGCAUUGCUCACACACAGGUGGUGGCUGCUUGGCAUCCAGACUGUUAAAUGUAACGCUGCUCUUACAAAGCAAGCCGGCCACUUCGACCUUUUGAUGGUCUGAUACCAACAUGGAUAACAUCCAGCAUCUGCCUGUCCUGACUUUUCCCCUCAUUGGGUUGAUUAAAUGACAGAAACGAGAGAUGAAAUGUCAGAUGUGACCGAAACUACGGUUACAAAUUCUAAACCAAGCAUUAGAUUUGAAAGCAACCUAUGUUUGCUCUGAAAACCUAUUUAGUAUUCUUCUCAUUGACAGCAGUUGUAUUUUAACAUUUUAAUUCUCAGAGAUCAAACUUGCCUUUCAAAUAAACCUCUUAUUUACUCCAAAA